CUAGGUGGUGUCAAAUUAAUGGUAUGCUGAAAACUUAAGAGCAAAACUCUCUCUAGGUUUGGCUAAGUACCCAGAAUCAGAGGUAUAUUUGAAACUCAAUUGGAACACAUCUUAGAAGGUGUAGUUGUUGGUUGGUUCAAAGGGUGGCAUGGCUGCUGCACAGGCUCAGAGUUGGGUUGGAGAAAGUGGUGGUCUACUAAGCAACCCAAAACGCAUGGAAGCUUCUCUGAUGGAAGCUGGAGCACGUCAUCUUGUUACUAGCUUCCUUGGACGUUAUAUCUCUACUGGAUCUUUAAUUUUGAUGGAGGAAGGGGGCACAAUAUUUACUUUUAAAGGAAACAAGAGAAAAUCUUCUUUAAAAGUUGUUCUUAAAGUUCAUAGACCCCAGUUUUACUGGAAGGUCAUGACAAGGGCUGAUUUAGGCCUUGCAAGUGCAUACAUUGAUGGCGAUUUUUCUUUCACUGAUAAAAACGAUGGUCUUUUGAAUCUUUUUAUGAUUUUCAUUGCAAGCAGAGAUUCAAAGUCCUCUGCCUCAAAAUUGAAUAAGAGAAGGGGCUGGUGGACACCGGUGCUAUUCACAGCUGGUUUAGCAUCUGCAAAAUACUUUUUCGCUCAUUGUUUAAGGAAAAAUACUCUUAAGCAGGCUCGAAUAAACAACUCUCGUCAUUUUGAUCUGAGCAAUGAGCUUUUUGCUCUGUUCUUGGGGGAAUCAAUGCAAUACUCCUGUGCUGUAUUUAAGAAGGAGGAUGAAGACUUGAAUGUUGCACAGCAGAGAAAAAUCUCACUUUUGAUAGAAAAGGCAAGAAUUGAUGAGAAGCAUGAAGUUCUUGAAAUUGGGUGUGGUUGGGGAAUAUUUGCUAUUCAAGUUGUCAAACAAACUGGAUGCAAAUACACUGGCAUCACUCUGUCUGAAGAGCAAUUGAAAUUUGCAGAGAAGAAAGUAAAAGAUGCUGGCCUUCAGGACAACAUUAGAUUUCUUCUUUGCGACUACCGCCAAUUGCCUGAUGCCAACAAAUACGACAGAAUUAUAGCCUGCGAGAUGAUAGAACAUGUUGGCCAUGAAUUUAUAGAAGAGUUUUUCAGUUGCUGUGAAUCAGUCUUAGCAGAAGACGGGGUUCUUGUUCUGCAGUUCUCAUCGCUACCAGAUGCACGUUAUGAAGAGUACAGGAAAAGUUCAGAGUUUAUGAAGGAAUAUAUUUUUCCUGGUAUUUGCGUGCCUUCAUUAAGCAGGGUAAUAUCAGCCAUGGCUGCUGCAUCCAGGCUCAGUGUGGAGCACGUGGAGAAUAUAGGGCAUCAUUACUACCAAACACUCAGAUCUUGGAGAAAAUUUUUUAUGGAGAACCAGAGGGAAAUCCUUGCUCUUGGCUUUGAUGAAAAAUUCAUACGGACGUGGGAAUAUUACUUUGACUAUUGUGCUGCUGGUUUUAAAACAUGUACAGUUGCAAAUUAUCAGGUUGUAUUCACACGUCCUGGCAAUGUUGCUGCAUUUGGAAAUCCAUAUCAAAGUUUGCCUUGGGGAUUUUAGUGGCAGGAGUUCACCCUCUUCCUGGCGGAGCAAAGAUUGAAGUACUCAUGCUAUAUAUGGCUCAUUGAUUUUUACUUGAUAUAUUAUAAUUUUCUAAGUAUAAAAUGAUGAACUAUGGCUUCUUCUGAAGUUUGUAAUAAAAUGAUGAAUAAUAUGACUCCACAAAUAAUCCAACUUGUUUUCUUUUCCUAUUCAA